AUGAGUAAACUCAAAUUGAAAUAUUGUUGCUAUUGCGGCGAUCUUCGAACUGGAUCGGUGGUCAUCGCUAACGUAAACUUGGUUCGCGAUAUAUUAUUCUUACUAAUAUCAAUAACAAUGCUGACGUUAACCGGCACACGGUACGCGUUAUGGCUAGACAGGGUAAUGAUACCUGUGUUUGGUAUUCUUCUAGUAGUCAACAUAGUAAAUGUGAUCAUGGAUAUAGUUCUGCUCAUCGGUAUACAUAAGUAUAAAGUGGGAUAUCUGAAGACGAACUUCAUAUUUAAUGUAAUUGAGAUGGUGGUAGCAUCAGUACUAAUACUCACGCUUUGUAUAACGUCAGAGCUGCCUGGCCUGAUAGCGUUGUGCCUGGUGUUCUUAGGAUUCCACAUGUACAAUUUGAUGAUAAUUAGAAGCUAUUACUUAAAGAUGGAUGACCCUUCGAAUAAACCCGCCAUUUACGACAGUUAUACGAUCCCAAUUCCUGCAGAAUAUAUUGUUAAUGUUAAGAAAGAUGAAAUAGAGCUUUUUAGAUAA